AUGGAGAAUCUUAACUUAGCCCUUGUUUCUUCCCCUAAACCUCUGCUUCUGGGACAUUCCUCCUCAAAAAACGUCUUCACAAGAAGAAAGCCUUUCGCUUUUGGGACUUUUCGCGUUUCUGCUAACUCUUCAUCCUCUCAUGUCACCAGGGCUGCUUCUAAAUCUCACCAAAAUCUAAAAUCUGUGCAGGGGAAGGUCACUGUGCAUACUUUUGCUAGCAUUUCUUCUUCAAAUAGUCAGGAAACAACAUCAGUUGGAGUUAGCACCCAGUUAUCGCCGCCUCCACCUUCGAAUGUAGGGUCGCCACUCUUUUGGAUUGGUGUUGGUGUUGGGUUUUCUGCACUAUUUUUAGUGGUAGCUUCAAGAUUAAAGAAAUAUGCAAUGCAACAAGCUUUAAACACCAUGAUGGGCCAGAUGAAUACACAAAAUAAUAAUCCAUUUGACAGUGGUGCCUUUUCCCCUGGAUCUCCCUUCCUCUUUCCCAUGCCUUCAGCUUCAGGGCCCGCUACACCUGCUGGCUUUGCUGGUAAUCAAUCUCAAGCAACUUCUGCAAGAACUGCCUCUCAAUCUACUGUCACAGUAGACAUACCUUCAACCAAAGUAGAAGCAGAAGCCUCGGCCCCAGACAUUAAUGUUAAAGAAGAAGUGGAAGUAAAGAAUGAACCAAAAAAAUCCGCUUUUGUAGAUGUGUCUCCAGAAGAAACUGUGCAGAAGAAUGCUUUUGAAAGAUUUAAAGAUGUUGAUGAAUCAAGUUCAUUCAAGGAAGCCCGUGCUCUAGCUGAAGCUUCUCAAAAUGGAGCUCCUUUUAACCAAGGUUUUGGCAAUUCACCCGGUUCUCUAUCUGCACGUAAGUAA